AGCAGCGGCCGGCGGCGCGGGAUCCGCCCCCCGCGCUUCGCGGGCGCGUCGGCCCUGGCGCGGCUGUUAUGGAAACGGGCUGGGCGCGCAGGCGGCGAUGAUGGGGCGGCCAUGGCCCGGGCCGGCAGCUCCAGCGGCGACGCGGCCGCGGGCGAGCGGGCCGGGGGCGCUGGGCGGCCAGAGCCGUGGGAGCUGUCCCUGGAGGAAGUGCUGAAGGCGUACGAGCAGCCCAUCAACGAGGAGCAGGCGUGGGCCGUGUGCUUCCAGUGCUGCCGCGGGCUGCGGGGCGCGCCGGGCGGCCGGCGGCGCAUCCGGGACACAGCGGACAUCCUCCUGCGCAGGGACGGCUCGGUCAGCGCGCAGCGGGAGCCCGGCGCGGCAGAGUCCACAGCGAUGGUGUCACCGGCCAGCUCGGAAGCCCAGGUGGUUCAGUCGCUGGGCUUCGCCAUCUACCGCGCGCUGGACUGGGGCCUGGCAGAGCACGAGGAGCGCGAGCUCAGCCCGCAGCUGGAGCGGCUCAUCGACCUCAUGGCCAACAGCGACUGCGACGACGAUGGCGGUGGCGGGGCAGCCGACGAGGGCUACGGGGCCCCCGAGGAGGAGGAGGAGGCCGAGGGCGGCCCCCGCGCCGUGCGCACCUUCACGCAGGCCAUGCGCCUGUGCGCCGCGCGCCUGACCGAGCCCCGGGGCGCUCAGACCCACUACCAGGCCGUGUGCCGCGCACUCUUCGUGGAGACGCUGGAGCUGCGCGCCUUCCUCGCCAGGGUCCGGGAGGCCAAGGAGAUGCUGCAGAAGCUUCGGGAGGACGAGCCGCAGUCAGAGAAGCCCCUGAUGGAGCUCAACAGCCUGGGACGCACGGACUGGGCCCGACUCUGGGUCCAGCUCAUGCGGGAGCUCCGCCACGGGGUGAAGCUGAAGAAGGUGCAGGAGCAGGAGUUCAACUCCCUGCCCACAGAGUUCCAGCUCACCCCCUUCGAGAUGCUGAUGCAGGACAUCCGCGCCAGGAACUACAAGCUGCGCAAGGUCAUGGUCAACGGGGACAUCCCUCCCAGGGUGAAGAAGGAUGCCCAUGAACUUAUCCUGGACUUCAUCCGCUCCCGGCCUCCGCUGAAGCAGGUCUCAGAGAGAAGGCUUCGCCCCUUACCCCAGAAACAGAGAACGCUGCACGAGAAGAUCCUGGAGGAGAUCAAGCAGGAACGCAGGCUGCGCCCCGUGGAGGGCAGGCACUGGGACGGGCGGGGUGAGCACGGGACACCCCCUCCCCUGCCCCUUGCCUCCCCUCCACCCCCCAACCCGUCCUGUCCUGUCCUGCCUCACCUGCUGCCUGCCCCAGGGUUCGGCUCUCUGCCCUGCAUCCUCAACGCCUGCUCUGGGGACGUCAAGUCCAGCUCCUGCAUCAACCUGUCCGUCACGGAUGCCGGGAGUAGUGCCCAGCGCCCGCGGCCCCGAGUCCUGCUCAAGGCGCCCACGCUGGCUGAGAUGGAGGAGAUGAACAUAUCCGAGGAGGAAGAGUCGCCGUGUGCGGAGGUGACACUGAGGCGAGACCGCUCUUUCUCGGAGCACGACCUGGCCCAGCUCCGGAGCGAGGUGACCUCUGGCCUGCAGCCCCCUGGAGACCUGGAGCCGGCUCGGCCGCGUGCGGGCAGCGUGCAGUCCUGGACGCCCAGCGCCCAGGAGCCGGGUUCUGUCAGCGUCCAGUCCCGGCCUGACCCCAGCUCCCCGCCACACAGUGACCUGGGCUCAGUCGACAGGCCUGGGGCCUCCAAGGCCCCAGACGCCAAUCACCGGUGGCUGGAGUUCAGCCACCCCGUGGAGAGCCUGGCUCUGACGGUGGAGGAGGUGAUGGACGUGCGCCGUGUGCUGGUGAAGGCCGAGAUGGAGAAGUUCCUGCAGAAUAAGGAGCUCUUCAGCAGUCUGAAGAAGGGGAAGAUUUGCUGCUGCUGCCGGACCAAGUUCCCACUGUUCUCCUGGCCGCCCACCUGUCUCUUUUGCAAGAGAGCUGUCUGCAGUUCCUGCAACAUAAAGAUGAAGAUGCCGUCUAAGAAGUUUGCACACAUCCCCGUGUACACGCUGGGCUUCGAGAGUCCUCAGAGGGUGUCAACCGCCAAAGCCUCGCCGGCGCAGAGAAGAGACGCCUUCCAACCCCUGCAGGGGCCCCACUGGCGGAGCGUGGAGGAGGAGUUCCCGCACAUCUACACUCACGGCUGCGUCCUGAAGGAUGUCUGCAGCGACUGCACCGGCUUUGUGGCGGACGUGGUGCGCUCCAGCCGCAGGAGUGUGGACGCCCUCAACACCACGCCCCGCCGCGCCCGCCACACCCAGUCCCUCUACGUCUCGAACACCUGGACACUCGACCUCAAGUGAUGGCUGUGGCCCCCUGGCCGCCCGGUCAGAGGCUUUUCGAGGUGCCCGGGUGACCAUGCUUCUGGGGAGGAGCCAGGCUAGUCCUGGACCAGGCGGAGAAGCCCCCGUCCUGGGGCACGGCGGCCCCCGGCCCUCGUGAUGUGCAUGUACAUAUAUACAUAUACAGAUACGUUUAUAUAAUAUAUACACACAGCAUAUAUAUUUA